AUGAUCGGACUACCGUAUCCUAACAAGAAUAGCGUUGAACUCAAAGAGAAAAUGAAGCCUCGCUCUAGCAAAUCGAAUAUGGUUUCAAUAACAUAUCAACGGCAGGAUGUCAUAACAAAACUACCCGGCUGGAUUACUAAACGACUCAAAUGUCCGAAUUCGUUUUCUGAAGCGGUAACACUGACUAAAACUUUCUUCCAAGAGAAAGGAAGCUAA